AUGCGCGAAAGUUCUCCAAUUGACGAGCUUUGUGCAAAAAAAGCUAGGGGAAAUGGUCUGUGUCGCAAAGUAGUAGGACAUGAUGCUAUAGUGACAUCAGGAGUUUGGUUAGGUGGCCCACAUCCAGUUGUCACUCCAAUUCAUCGACUAUCUGCAUUUCGCCCAUGGUCUCCAGCAACAUUGGCAAAAGAAGCUAAAAUGAAAGAAAUGGAACAGGCAGCGCUAAUGAGGGACAGUCGUUUUGUCGCACCACCAUAUUUAAGUAGUGGACCGCCAAUAUUGUUAAACCCUGAUAGGGUGAUACCUCAUACUACAAUGACAAAUGUAAGAUUUGAUGCUCACUACCAGCCUAAUGUAGCAUUGGCACCAGCAGCAACUCAACGGAAACAAGCUGCUGUACAAGAUGACAAAUUAAAGAUAGAAAGUAUGAGUGAGGAAAACGUUGCAAAGACUGAAGAGAAAAGUGAUGAUGUUGAUCUGAAAAAUUGUGAAAUGAAUGAAAUUGAGAAAGAAGAUGAUGCAGCAUCUUUGGCAGUGAUGACAGUACGUAUAAAAGAGGAACCACAAUCAUCAAUAGAGAUGACAGUGGACAGCACAGUUGAACAAGAAAUGGAGAUAGUCAGAAAUGCACUAGAAAAUAAUGCAUUGGAUAGCAAAGAGGCCAAAGAAAAACUACUGCAUGAAUUAGCCAAGUUGAGAAUAAAACAAGAAGAAAGAUUGAAUGCUGCUUUGGUAGCAAAGAAGAGUCUUCAACAGGAGUUAGAGUUCCUCAGAGUUGCAAAGAAAGAGAAAUUGAGAGAAGCCACAGAAGCCAAGCGGAGCUUGCGAAAAGAAAUUGAAAGAUUACGAGCUGAUCAUGAACGCAAAUUGAAAGAAGUAAAUGAAUCACGUCAUCGACUGAAGAGGGAGUUGGAAUUGGCGCGCAGUAAACGCUGUGAUAAGAUUAGCGAGAUAAGCAAGUCGAAAGCCAGAUUGAAGUCACAAGUGGAACAACUACGAAACAAACUUAAUGAGGUUGAGAACGAGAAAGAGAAAUUGAGUGCUGAACUUGAGAAUGAAAAAAAACUACGAGAUGGUUUAGAAGUAAAGACAUUCAGGGAAAAUGAAGAAGAGGUAAAAGAAGAAGAAAAGGAGACAAAGGUUGUUGAUAAAGAUAAUGAGUAGUUUGAGACAAGUCUUUGAGUUCUCUGGUUUUAAUGCCACCAUGUAUAUUAGUUUCCACGGUAACACAUAUACAGAUUUUGAUGAGAUCCAACAUGGCUAAGCUGAAUUUGGUUGCUUAGCUAUCAGAGAACUUGAACACAUGUUCCACCAUGCUGUGUUUAACUACUGCAUGCUGCAUACCGUGAGUUAA